AUGGAUCCACCGACGGCCAAGUUCGCUCAUGCCCUCCCCUUUACCCUCUUCUCAGUCUCCCCACAACUCGCUGCUCUUCACAAUGUGCGGACUGGCAACCAAUCCCCUCAUUCAUGCCCCAGAUGCGGGUCAGAACUCGCCGCAAGCACGAGACUCGUCCGCACGCGUUCCAGCACUUGUUCUGGCCCCUCGCGUGCCGUAUCAGUGUCUUGUUCAGCCUGCGGGGCUCGUUCCUCUAUCAGUGUCGAGAACGGAAACGCGUCUUCCUUCCCAUCACGGAAGCGAAAGUCCCCUGCUUCACCAUCGGUAGUUUCCCUAUCUAGUGCAACACCACCACCUGUAGUCCAACCACCUGCUCCCUCUCCAUCGACGCUAGUGAAGCCUUCGAAAGGUCGUCCUGCCACAAGCCCACAACACACCUCAAAAUCGAAAACCAAACCUGGUUUGCAAGAAAUGCUAAAGCGAAAUCGAGAAAAAGAGAAAAAACGUGCAAAAACAGAAGAAUCGAAAACGACUGGCUUAUCCGCUUUCCUGAGCACACUGUGGCCUUAA